CAGGGAGAUUUAAAAAGUUUGGGCAGGGAGCGGGGCCGUGCCCAGAAGAGCGGCUGGCAGGGAGGCAGCGCAGGGGACACCGCCGGCAUGGGAAACCUCUGCCACCAGCAGCCCCCCGCAGCCCCCCGCCAGCGCAGCCGGAGGAAGGCAGGGCACGGCGCGGCUCUGCCGGGGUCCCCGCUGCUCCUCCUCCUCCUCCUUCUCCUCCUCCUCGCCUCCUCGGUGUCUGCUUCCAAAGGUGCACUGAUGCCAUCCCAAGCGCUCGAGGCAGAGGAGGAUUUGCAGCUGUGGAAAGAGAUAGACGAUGCAUGUUCUGCCUACCUGUCCAGAGAUUCUCAGCCUCAGGCAUCCAGUGCACUGGAAGAACUUUGUUUUUUGGUCAUGGGAUUUCUCCAGAAACCACAGGGUUUAGAUGAAAAAGACAACACCAAAAGGUUCUUAUUUCAUUAUUCUAAGACUCAUGACUCAGGCAACUCAGACAUCGUGUCAUCUGUCCUGCAUCCUUUGCUGCAACUCGUUCCCCAGCUUAACGAGAGAAGACUGAAGAGAUACAAAGUGGACGAAGAACUUCAAGCACCUGGAGGGAUUCAAAGCAGAGGCUACUUUUUCUACAGGCCACGCAAUGGAAGGAGAUCAGUGGAUUUUCGCUGAGGAUUUCAGAUUCCUGACCUAGAACUAAUGCUGGAGGAAUGCUGUGUACAUGGACAUACUGUUUUCUUUAAAAAAAUUAUUCUUUACUAAUGUACAAUUAAAAAUCACUAGAAUGUAAAAGUUCUUAAAUUCAAUUCCAUUAGGAAUUCAAAUGUUUAUUUUGUUGAUUAUAUUAAAAGCAUAUUAAAAUUAUGUUUCCUGGUGUUAUGAUGUUUACAACUGUGUGUAAAAAAGUCACAGUGUACGCAUGCAACAGACAUUGCCUCUAACAACAUUGCUAUGUGCAUUUAUUUUCCCUCAUAAAUAAAGGCACUCUGUUGUUUUAACGAGAAUGUUUGCAAUGUAGACUAUUGCAUUUCUUCAGAAUAUAUUGCAAGUGAUUUGUGCAGUCUUUAAAAUCGCAGCUUAUCUAGGCAGGCCAAACAAAAGGUGUGGUUUGCUUUUCAAGAUGUUGUUCUCUACCCCUGUACUUCCUUCACUGUAGCCUGUGGACUUCUGACAAUCUGCAGGGUCAAGAUAAGUGGUCUGCAGGUGGUC